CGUUACCAUCAACAACAGCGACGCCAUCAUGUAAUAGCAUACCACGACAUGGAAUCAGUAAAAUAGGCACCAGAUAGUACAUACUGGUGCCAGGUUUGCACACACCCUUAAAUUUCGAUGCUUGCAACUGCUUGCAUCAUCUACAGGCAAACUCGUGCUGAGCUCAGAUUCCCAGUCUACCCCAAUCAUACCUUCACGCAGACGUAUACACAUCCUCGCGCAAUGUAAAGCAAAAAAGAAGACAUUUCGCCAAAGUCGUGAACGGAAGGCAUAUGGCAUGUAGUACACGCUCAAGCCCGCUCUCCAUACACGUGUUUGAACUGGGUAUAGUAGCGCUCCUCCUUUCAGAGUCAAAAUUCACCACUGCAACCCUCACCCGUGCACUCGGCUCAAGCGUCCUCCAUCUCCUCAUGUACCUUCCUCCCCCUCCGCCAAUUUCUUCAGAUUCACCCGUUGCAACCACCCUCAACUCUGCUUUCUGGAACCCCGCUCUCAGUGGUGCGCAAGGUCUUCGCAGGGAAUCAAGUUGAUAUUCGAUGGGAACGUGAUCCGGCCGUCGGGAGGUGGUUGGCGACCUGAGUUGGUGUCGUGACAAAACAGUGCGGAACUGGACGUUAGAUACGCAUGGGGAGUAUGUCAAUGCUCUCGAGGAUAUUGACUAGGAUGGUUUUCCAUCCAUGGAUGACUGCGCUCGGGUGUUGAAUGUCACGAUAACAAUGU